AUGCUGAAGAGUGGUAAGUACAAAGUAGGAGGACGAGUUGAGCCCCUCACUCUGAAGAGAAGACCCCAAAGGUUCAGAAUGCAGCUGGACUACGACAGUUGGGAGGUGUCCUUCUAUGACUCCAAAGAUAUGACACCCAUCUACACCCUGUUACAAUUGAUCACUCGUUUUUAGAUAAAGCGAUUCACACACAGGUGGCGACCGCAUCUCACUAACAAAUUAUUCAUUAAGAAAAAUAUCAAUUUAUAUUUGUAUCAUGGCUAUACAUCCACAAAUAUUCCUUUAUGCAAUUAAGGUUUCAAAUUUGUGUUUUGCACUCUUUAUGCGCAAAUCAUUUGACUGCUGGCGUCUUGCAGGUUGAGAUUAUUUUUGGCUGUGCUUUAUGAAAAGAUUGAAGCUGUUACUAGACUAUUACUUAUGAUUUCUUUAUGAUGCUUUGAGUGAAAUCGAAGGAAAUUAUGUUGACUUGUCAAAAUGCAUAGAAAUGCACCUCCAUUGAGUUAAAUGACUCAGUAGGUGUGUGACUUGAGCUCCAUUCCAGCCAAGUGUCUUUGACUGCAGAUCUGUGGUUGAUCGUAUGAAGCACACUCAGGGACACAACGCCUGUCAUUGUGGUCUGUUGUGUGAGUCAGCAAGUUGGAAUGCAUCCCCUACUGACACAAUGCAAUGUUCACGAUCCUCACUUCACUGUAGUGGGCCUAUUGAUUAUAACACGGGUACUAUAACAAGAGUCUGAAUGGCUAUGUUGUAGGUGUGAGUGAGUGAGUGACACACACACACACACACACACCACACACACACAGCGGUUGUGUAACAAACACAAGCCUAAAUCAUGUCUGGGCAGUAUGAAGCUGUUGAGGCCCUCUAUUUUCCAUUUAGAGAGACAAACAGCAGAUAAAUGAGUGCCUUGGGGAAUACAGAGGAGUUGUGCCAUGUUGUACUGUACUGUUGUUACGGUUUACGACAAGGCGUUGCUUUACAUGCGAGUGUGUUGUCAGGAUGCGAGGCACAUGUCAUUAAACAUUAGGAUGUACAAUGUCAUAUAAUGUAUCUCCUGCUUCUACAGUGUCCUGAUAGGAGGGGGAACAGGAGAUGGUCUCUUCCUCUAAAAAUUGAUUGUACUGAGUUAGAGGCGUGGUACCACAGCACGAGAUCAUUAUCAGCAGAACCUGUUCAAACUGGCUUGUCUCUGAGGAAACAGAGGCAGCCGCCAGCAUUUACUGAACCAGACAACUAAAUAUCAGACUUCUGUUUUUCAGUAACGUAUUCAAGUGUAUGUGUGGUGAAUUUAUGAUGCUGCAGAUUCAUUUUAUUCCUCCCUUGCUUUCAGUUGAUCAAUGUGGCUGGAGAGUGCAAUACUCUUAAUCUGGUCCCAGAUCUGUUUGUCCUUUAUAGGGUAGUCAACGCCUAUGGUUGUUGUCUGGCAUGAUAACCACCGUAUGAGUUGGCGAAACAGCACAUACACAUCUGGGACCAGGUUACAAACACCUGGUGUCCCUGGUCUAAAUCUAAAUCAGCCAGUUCACCAAAAGCCAGCAGACACAGCGGCCCUCGAGGACCAGAGCCGUACAGCACUGGCCCUGUAUUCCUAAAGCAUCUCAGAGUAGGGAGUACUAGGAUCAGGUUCCCCCUUGUAUUCACUCAUUAUAAUCUAAAAGGCUAAACUGAUCCUAAAUCAGCACUCCUACUCUGAGACUCUUUGUGAAUAUGGGCCUUUAUGUUAUUCCACUCACCUUUGUGUGUGGUGGUAUACAGGUGACAACAGAGUAGUGGACAGGCUGGGUCUGCUCUGGGUUUGUCCUCUGUUCCUUCAUCUCUCGCUUUGCCCUGAGACGCUUCUCCAGGUCCACCUGACAAAGCCUGGUAGGACACAACACAUUAGAUCAAAUCAAAUCAUAAAAUGUACGAUAGGAUACAAUGCAUCAGCCCUUCGCUACAUGCUGGCUGGCUGCUUGCUAUCUUAUUAAUGACCCUAAUACAGCUACUACAAUAUAUUUAGUAAUUAUUUUGUACUUAUGUAAUUUCAAGGUAAAUAUAUUAUUUUAGCAAACAUUUCAUUAUAUCGUGGAGAGAAACCAUGAGAGAGUUUAAAUGUAUUGGUACUUCACAUUUGUACACAUAUUAUAUUACAUUUGAGGAUUCCACAAUACAAAUCCAAUGUAACCGAUGGGGAUUGGUAACCUCACUCCUCAGCUUCAAAUGUCUCCCCCCGCACCUACCUCAGACCUACCUCAAUUCAUCCCUCACUUUCUCAAGCUCCUCCCCUUUCUGCUCCACGAGUUGUGACAUCAGCAUUAGCUUCUGAGUGAGCGUGCUCAGUUGGACCCUCUGAUCGACAACCAGAGCCUUAAGCUGCUCCAACUCUAGUUUCUGCUGCUCACUCAGUUCCCCUGCAGAAUACACAUAGUUAGGCAUUCACACACACACACACACACACACACGCACACAAUGCGAGACUGCUAUAUUAUCAGACAAAAAUGUGCUUCCGCUGAAUGUGAUCUGACAUAUACAGGUAACUGCCAAAAUAAAGGAAACACCAACAUAAAAUGUUGGGCCACCACGAGCCAGAACAGCUUCAAUGCACCUUGGCAUAGAUUCUACAAGUGUCUGGAACUCUAUUGGAGGGAUGCGACACCAUUCUUCCACAAGAAAUUCCAUAAGUGGGUGUUUUGUUGAUGGUGGUGGAAAAUGCUGUCUCAGGAGCCGCUCCAGAAUCUCCCAUAAGCGUUCAAUUGGGUUGAGAUCUGGUGACUGAGACAGCCAUAGCAUAUGGUUUACAUUGUUUUCAUGCUCAUCAAACCAUUCAGUGACCACUCGUGUGCUGUGGAUGUGGGCAAUGUCAUCCUAUGGGGGCAUAGCCAUGGUAGCCGAUGUAAUGGCCAUAAUAGUGGCCGGCACAGCCUUUUUAUUCAUGACCCUAAGCAUGAUGAGAUCUUCAUUGCUUAAUUAACCAAGGAACCACACCUGUGUGGAAGCACCUGCUUUCAAUACACUUUGUAUCCCUCAUUUACUCAAGUGUUUCCAUUAUUUUGGCAGUUACCUGUAUGUAAUAAAUGAGAAAACCAUAAUAUACUGAAGGGAUGGAUCAACAUGUGAGAUUGCACCUGUCAUGUCUGUUAUCCUGGCAUUGGCUGCAGCCAGGUCACGACUCAAAGCCACGAUGAGGUCACCCUGGCUACAUGUUUCCAGCUGAGACUGGGCCAAGUCUGCCCUGGAGAUGAGAACAAGGAAAACUAGAGGAGGCUAUUUUAGCUAACAAACUAGGUAUUUGGAAUGCUUGAACAAAAGUUAAAUCUGCACACUGGUAUAAUGCUCCCUUAGUGUUUACUAGGACGUUCCGACCCCAAAAUUCAGUAGAAUGUUUGACCAUGUUUAGCCUGAUUAAUCCACUUACUCAUAAUUCCACAGCUUCACUACGGACGCAUGCACAUGCACCCGCACACACACGCACACAUACACAGUCUUGUACAACUAACCUUGUGGGGACACACAAUUCAGUCCUAUUCAAAUCCUAUUUUCCCUAACCCUAAACCUAACCCACACCCUUACUCUAACCCAAACCUGAAAACCUAACCUUAACCCUAACCCAAAACCUAACCCUAGCUCCUAACCCUAACCCUAAAACUAAACGUAGUUCCUAACCCUAAACCUAACACUAAUUCUAACCUUAACCCUAAACCCCCUAGAGAUAGCCUUUGACCUUGUGGGGACUAACAAAAUGUCCCCAGUUGGUCAAAUUUUUGUUUGUUUACUAUUCUUUUGGGGACUUCUGGUCCCCACAAGUAUAGUUAAACACGUCCACGCACGAACGCACGUACACACACACACACACAGAAACAAGGCAUUCUAUCACCAUAUUUGAAAGAGAUAACUUUCUCUGUGCACACGUUCUUAUGAUGUAAAUUCCUACUUCUAGAGAACUACAUUGAAUCAGGAGAUAUUUGACUGUGGUAAUAUGACCUUUUAAAUUAGCUGUAAAAAAUAAGUCUGCAUGAUCAUUAAUCUAAGAUUUAGAAGACACAUGCUGUACUGUAACUGUCCUAUACUGUGUGUUCAGAAAUGGACACCAGGGACUCUCAUAGGCUUAUCUUUAGCUGGAAUGCAGUGGCACACAUGGGAUGGGUUAAGAAGACCUCAGAUUACAUUUAGGAAUCAGUGCCUGGGCCUUCAGAAGUAAUCCUCCGCUUGGUUUGAGACAAGAGGGUAGUUUCACAGACUGAUCCCUAUAUGGAUCAUAUAUAUGAGAGUCAUUAUAUAAGAAAAGCAUGAGUCAUAUAUUUCUGGCCUCAUGAAUUAUUCAUGAGUAAAGCACAGUGUGAGUAUGGGGAUGUUUGCUGAGUGAUGAUGUCACUCCUUUGUGCAGGAUGGAAACAGUGCUUGUUUAAGAUGGCAAGAAAUACCAUGGUGUGAAUACACUGAGACAACAUCUAAAGUGAAUAACCUUACAUGAAGAAAUGUGGAGGUUGCAUAAAUUAUGAUUUACAAUCCAAACUGUUGAUGUAUUGCAUCAAACUUACUAUAUAAUGUGGUAAGGUCCCUCUAGUUAAAUGUCAGUAAUAGUCUGUGCCUAUUGGCGAAUGUUUCCACUAUUUAGUCUCAUCAAUAUUGAGGCCAUCUAAUUAGUUGAAAGAAACUCCAAAAAACCUUCUUUACCUGAGUGAAGUGAUAAUACCCUCCAGGGCUGCUACCUCUGGGGCCUGUUUAGUCUGUGUCUCCAGGGGACUGGUACUCCUCACGGGCCUACUACUCUCCAGACUCCCCUCCAACGCUGUGGAGAGUUAUAAUACAUUAUAAAGACUCAUACAUGGUUAAAACAAGUUAUAAAGCAUUACAUCUGCAUCCUGUAAGUAUUUAAGUAUCAGAUUCUCUGGGUCUUUCCUGAAAAAUAGACACCAGCUGGUCAGAUUCAACGUUCACUGCAGCUCAUCUAGAACCAUCUGUACAGGAUCACCACAAGGCUCGGUCAUCUCGCCUGUGCUAUUCACCCUGUACACAGACGACUGUAGGAGCUCGGACCCAGAUAUUAUGUUCAUGACACAGUAAUAAUGAACACAGGCAAUCCAGAGGGGCGCCUCCAGGCUGAAAUCGACAGGUUUCACUGUGGUGUAGUAGCCAGAACUACCUGGACCUCAAUGCAACCAAAACCAAAGACCUGGUCAUUGACUUCAGAAGAGACCAACCUACCAUCCCAGCGCUGGAGGUUAACGGACAGAUAAUUAAACAAGGGGACGACUACAAAUACCUAGGAACCAUCAUCGACAACAAGCUCUUCUUUAAAAGUAACACUGAACAAAUUCCCUCAAAAUGUCAACAACGCCUGUUCUUUCUACAGAAAUUGAGGAAGUUUAAUGUACAUCAAUCAAUCCUCCAAGCAUUUUAUAAUGCUUUAAAAAAUCUAUCCCAGCUUUUAAUAUUGUGGGGUGGUUUGGUGCUCUAGGGAACACAAGUCAGAACCCACUGAACAGGAUAAUACGAAUCAGUGGGAAGGUCAUUGGAGCAAGCCAGGAACCCCUCAGUGACAUUUAUAAAAAACGAGUGAGGAAGAAGGGGGAACAAAUAGCCUUUGACAUGACACACACACCAUGACCAGUAUAGCCCCCUACUCUCCGGGCACAGGUGUAGAGCUCUCCCAUACAAACCCGAAGAGAGCAGCUUCUAGUUUUGUGCCAACAUCCAUCAAACUCCUCAACCCUCUCAUUUUUCUUUGUAUCUAUGUGUAUGUAUAGCCUGUGAUUGCAUAGAAUGCCUGAUCCUUUAUACAGCCUACCAGUUUUUGUGUUCUAUGUUGUUAUGUGUCCAGUAGCAGUGUGUGGGCAAAAUAACCGGGGAAGCCAGAAAAAAAGCUGUGUGUUGUGAUAAUUGUGCUGUUUGCUCUAUAACCUGUUAGUUCAUAUGCCUUGACACCGUGAUAUAUAGCCCUAAGGCCCGAGACAAUAAGAAGACACAGUGGCAGAAUAAAUUCAAUCACACCUUUGUUUCAUCACAAAACCGGAGAGCAACCUCUGUCUGGUGAAGUCAACAAAGCAUAUUGCAUGUAACAAACAGUUACAUGACCUACAGCAUGGUCAAGCAAGUUAAUGUUGACGACAUUUUCGGACCACUAAACAACUAUUGAUUUAGAACCACGGAGAGUUUUCGCGAGUCGCAAAGAAAACAGGUGCUGCCUCCUCUAUUUCAGCACCAUUUCAACUUCAACAUCAUCAAAUCACCUAUACUUAGUCUAAUACAGUGACAACUAAAAGAUACCAAAAACAAUUUAGUCCAAUCAACGUAAGCUAAAUAUGAUGUGGCUGUCCAUGGUUCUGAUUUCUGUGUGCCUGUGUGCGUGCACAUUUGUGCAAGUAGAAAAAACAUGUUGACUCACCAAUGCCAUCCUCCUCUCUUUCAUGUUGACGAAACGGUCUAUCACUCUUUUUUGUUGUCCAAGGCUACCUGGCUAAAAUGCUUGCUCACUAGCUUAACUUCCAUUCAUGGGCAAUGUUAGCUAGUUAACAUUAGCCUUCUAAAUCUAGCUACACAUUGAACCUCCAUCCUCUCAGGCCAGGGGCACAAUGUAUGAAUUAAUGGUUGGAUCAGAAUCGUUGUUAUAAUCAUUGGCCAGUACGGAGAAUUAAGUCAAACCACUAGUCCAAAUCCCUAUCUCCAUCCAUUUAAUUUAGGAAAGGGCCAAUUUUAGCUAGCUAGCUAGCCACCGGAGAACAACAACACAACAAGAUGCAACAAUUCAAGUUGUUUCUGUCAGUGAUGAAUGCUCUCAAUGCAAUUUGAUAGGAGUGAAGCCAAAUCCAAAACUGGCUUCCCUUGACACCUUUUCUGGUGCGCCAGGACCAUUCACAGUUGUGCUCACUCAGUUUAGCUCAAUGCUGAUUGGCUAUUAUUUGUAUUUUUUUAUGUAUCAAUGGAGGCCAAAUGCUCGCUGGCUUCCCUUGUAUUCAAUGCUACGGGCGGCAACAAUGUCAUACUCUUUUGGACCAGACAGAAUCAGAUAGAUGGCCUACACAUAAGGGCGCUGUUUCGCUCGCUUGGAUGCUUUCUCAAGUGAGAUACAUUCAGCUUCUUGCGAAUUGAAGGAAAAUUAUGAAACACAGAGAGACAAAAUAUUUAUUAUUAUUAUUAUUAUUAUUUUUUAUAUGAUUUGGGGAAGCCUGGCUUCCCCUGGCAUCCAUGAAUACACACCACUGUAUGUGUCUUGUAUGUACCAAUUCAUCACCACACAUGAAGCUCCCUUCCAGGAAAUAAAAGUUAUUUGCAUAGAAUUUUGAAUAAGUAAAGUGUUACUGAGUUUAUUUCACACCCAGUAACACCAAGUAUGACUAUGCAUUGAUCAUACACUCUCUGGCAUUUGAAUAUCUGUAACUGAGGAAAAUAUGUGCUUCUAGCAUUGCUCUUUAGCGUUGCAUUAUAUGUGACUGUCAUCUAGUGACAUACAAUAGCACUACAUUGCAUUAAGCACACUACUGUGUCCAGUGCUGUUUAAUUUAGACUAAACAGCACUGGGAAUUGACCAACAGUGCCUUCAGAAAGUAUUCAUACCCCUUGACUUAUUCCACAUUUUGUUGUGUUACAGCCUGAAUUCAUAUUUGAUUCAAUUGAUUAUUUUCUCACCCAUCUACACACCAUACCCCAUAAUGACAACGUGAAUUUGUUUAGCAAAUUUAUUGAAAAUAAAAUACAGAAAUAUCUCAUUUGCAUCCAGUACCAGUCAAAAGUUUGGACACACCUACUUAUUACAGGGUCUUUCUUUAUUUUUACUAUUUUCUACAUUGUAGAAUAAUAGUGAAGACAUCGAAACUAUGAAAUAACACAUAUGGAAUCAUGUAGUAACCAAAAAAGUGUUAAACAAAUCAAAAUAUAUUUUAUAUUUGAGAUUCUUCAAAUAGCCACCCUUUGCCUUGAUGACAGCUUUGCACACUCUUGGCAUUCUCUCAACCAGCUUCACGAGGUAGUCACCUGGAAUGAAUUUCAAUUAACAGGUGUGCCUUCUUAAAAGUUAAUUUGUGGAAUUUCUUUCCUUCUUAAUGCAUUUGAGCCAAUCAGUUGUUUUGUGACAAGGUGGGGGGGGGGGGGGGGGUAUACAGAAGAUAGCCCAAUUUGCUUAUUUGAGCUGUUCUUGACAUAAUAUGGACUUGGUCUGAAAGAUUAAUUUGUCUCCCAGUGUCUGUUGGAAAGCAGACUGAACAGGUUUUCAAGUAGUAUUUUGCCUGUUGCUUAGCUCUAUUCCGUUUAUUUUUAUCCCCAAAAAACUCCCAAGUCCUUGCCAAUGACAAGCAUAACAUGAUGCAGGCACCACCAUGCCUGAAAAUGUAAAGAGUGGUACUCAGUGAUGUGUUGUGUUGGAUUUGCCCCAAACAUAAUGUUUUGUAUUCAUGACAUAAAGUUCAUUUCUUAGCCAUAUUUUUUGCAAUUUACUUUAGUGCUUUAUUGCAAACCGGAUGCAUGUUUUGGAAUAUUUGUAUUCUGUACAGGCUUCCUUCUUUUCACUCUGUCAUUUAGCUAAUAAUUGUGGAGUAACUACAAUGUUGUUGAUCCAUCCUCAGUUUUCUCCUAUCACAGCCAUUAAACUCUGCAACUGUUUUAAAGUCACCAUUGGCCUCAUGUUGAAUUCCCUGAGUGGUUUCCUUUCUGUCCGGCAACUGAGUUAGGAAGGACGCCUGUAUCUUUGUAGUGACUGGGUGUAUUGAUACCCCAGCCAAAGUGUAAUUAAUACAGUGAGGGAAAAAAGUAUUUGAUCCCCUGCUGAUUUUUUACAUUUGCUCACUGACAAAGAAAUGAUCAUUCUAUAAUUUUAAUGGUAGGUUUAUUUGAACAGUGAGAGACAGAAUAACAAAAAAAAUAAUCCAGAAAAACGCAUUUCACAAAUGUUAUAAAUUGAUUUGCAUUUUAAUGAGGGAAAUAGGUAUUUGACCCCCUCUCAAUCACAAAGAUUUCUGGCUCCCAGGUGUCUUUUAUACAGGUAACGAGCUGAGAUUAGGAGCACACUCUUAAAGGGAAUGCUCCUAAUCUCAGCUUGUUACCUGUAUAAAAGACACCUGUCCACAGAAGCAAACAAUCAAUCAGAUUCCAAACUCUCCACCAUGGCCAAGACCAAAGAGCUCUCCAAGGAUGUCAGGGACAAGAUUGUAGACCUACACAAGGCUGGAAUGGGCUACAAGACAACAGUUGGUGCGAUUAUUCGCAAAUGGAAGAAACACAAAAUAACUGUCAAUCUCCCUCGGCCUGGGGCUCCAUGCAAGAUCUCACCUCGUGGAGUUGCAACGAUCAUGAGAACGGUGAGGAAUCAGCCCAGAACUACACGGGAGGAUCUUGUCAAUGAUUUCAAGGCAGCUGGGACCAUAGUCACCAAGAAAACAAUUGGUAACACACUACGCCGUGAAGGACUGAAAUCCUGCAGCGCCCGCAAGGUCCCCCUGCUCAAGAAAGCACAUAUACAAGCCCGUCUGAAGUUUGCCAAUGAACAUCUGAAUGAUUCAGAGGAGAACUGGGUGAAAGUGUUGUGGUCAGAUGACACCAAAAUGGAGCUCUUUGGCAUCAACUCAACUCGCCGUGUCUGGAGGAGGAGGAAUGCUGCCUAUGACCCCAAGAACACCAUCCCCACCAUCAAACAUGGAGGUGGAAACAUUAUGCUAAGGCAGGGGUGUCAAACGUACGGCCCGCGGGCCGGAUCAGGCCCGCAAACGGGUUUAAUCCGGCCCGCGAGAUGAUUUAGAAAAUGAAAAAAAAAGAAACAAUUUUUUUUUUUUUUUAGGUAUAAAAAUGCGCUGCAAUUUUUCAAUAAAAUAAACUGCUGUUCCAAUUGCGUCCAUGGGAUGGCGCAAUAGCAAUUGUGUUAAGCAAGCAAACUGUUUAUAUCGGGGCAGUGCAAGUAGGUCAAGCACGUGCAGCCAAUGAGCUACUUUGUUUUGCCCGCGAUAUUUAUUACGGCUUCUACUUUUAACAUUAUGUGCUUUGGCACCCUCAUUGCCCCAAUAUGUCUCUGUCAAAAAUGAGAAAAGUGGACGCAGAGUGCAGAGUGUUCCAAGAAAAAUGGUCAUCCUAUUUAAUCACGGAAUUGAAUGGGAAAGCUGUAUGUUUGGUGUGUUCAGAGCAUGUUGCAGUGCUGAAAGAAUAUAACCUUCGUCGCCACUAUGUGAGUCUUCAUGCCGACAAAUAUGACAACUUUCAAGGACAGCGGAGAUGAGAGAAGGUGAAUGAACUGUUGGCGGGUCUGAAGAAACAGCAGUCUGUGUUUACUCACAGCCGAGACAUCAGUGACGCUGCAGUGAAAGCUAGCUACCUCAUUGCUAAUGAAAUCGCAGUGGCUUCAAAACCAUUUAGUGAGGGUGAAUUUGUAAAAACAUGCAUGAUGAAGGCAGCGGAGAUUGUGUGCCCUGAAAAGCGGCAGGCUUUUGCAAAUAUCAGCCUGACAAGAAACACAGUUGCAGACAGGAUUUCCGAUCUUUCAGUGGAUUUGGACAGCCAGUUGAAGCAAAAAGUAAAGUCAUUUAUUGCGUUUUCGGUUGCAAUUGAUGAAAGCACGGACAUUACAGAUGUUGCACAACUGGCCAUUUUUUCAUCCGCGGAGUUGAUGACACAUUGACCGUCACCGAGGAGUUCGUGGAGUUGGUGCCGAUGAUAUUUUUACCGCACUCGUCGGCGUGCUGGACAGGGUCGGAGUGGACUGGUCCCGCGCUGUCAGCCUGGCUACAGAUGGUGCGCCCUCAAUGAUCGGGAAAAAAAGCAGGCGUUGUGACAAAGUUCAGAGAGAAAGUGCAAUCUGCAAAUGGAGGACGUGAUUUUUUGACUUUUCACUGUAUUUUGCACCAGGAGGCUUUGUGUUGCAAGUCAUUAAAGAUGGAUAACGUCAUGAAGGUGGUCAUCCAAACUGUUAAUUUCAUCCGAUCCAGAAGCCUGAAUCACCGUCAGUUUGACAGCCUUCUCAGAGAGAAAGACCACAUCUAUGGCCUGCCAUACCACACUGAGGUAAGAUGGUUAAGCCGAGGUGCUGUGCUGAGGCGUUUCUUUGAUUUACGAGAAGAAAUUGAACAGUUCAUGGAAGAAAAGGGCAAACCAGUGUUAUAAUUUCAUUCCGCAGAAUGGAUGCCGGACCUUGCAUUUAUGGUGGAUGUUACAGAGCACCUGAAUAACUUGAACAAACAGCUGCAAGGGCGCAACAAAGUUGUCACGCAGUAUUAUGACAGCAUACGUUCUUUCAAGUUGAAGCUGUCAUUGUGGGAGACGCAACUUGCCGGUGGUGAUGCAGCUCACUUCCCCUGUCUGAAAAAUGUGUGCGCGACCCAACAUGUGGCAGACAUGAAGCGGUUCAAAGAUAAAAUAACUGGACUGUUACGGGAGUUUGAGCAACGCUUUCAGAUUUAUGUUUAUAUGUUUUUAUGUUGAUGUGCUAUUGUUUUUAAUUGAUUUUAUUUUAUUUGUAUAUUUAACCUAUUCUUGACUCGGUGGUUCUUGCACUUGUUUGGGGAACAGGAUUUCAUUAUUUUUAUCUACAUUUCUGCCUGAGAAAUGACACCCUGAUAUAGUUCUGUGAUCUGUGAUAUACUUCUGUGAAUCACUGAGGCUUUGUGUGUUAUUUGUCCUCAGAACUUUCAAAUAACUUGAGGUGUUUUAUGAUUAAUAGUGAUGUUGUGCUUUUGGACACUGUCCUCAGGCUCCAGCUUUAUGUUUAUAUGUUUUUAUGUUGAUGUGCUAUUGUUUUUAAUUGAUUUUAUUUUAUUUGUAUAUUUAACCUAUUCUUGACUCUGUGGUUCUUGCACUUGUUUGGGGAACAGGAUUUCAUUAUUUUUAUCUACAUUUCUGCCUGAGAAAUGACACCCUGAUAUAGUUCUGUGAUCUGUGAAACAGUUCUGUUAAUCACUGAGGCAUUGUGUGUUUGUGUGUUCUUUUUCUUUAGAAAUUUCAAAUAAACUUGACGUGUUUUAUGAUUAAUAGUGAUGUUGUGCUUGUACUAUUUUGGACACACUGUCCUCAGGCUCCAGCUUUAUGUUGUAUGUUGAUCGUAUUAAAACAAAGAAAACAAUCUGAAGUUGUUGUUUUUAAGUUAUAUAUACACCAUGAUUUUUCCGGUCCGGCCCACUUGGGAAUAGAUUUUCCUCCAUGUGGCCCCUGAGCUAAAAUGAGUUUGACACCCCUGUGCUAAGGGGUCAGCACAACUUCACCGCAUCAAAGGGACGAUGGACAUGUACCGUCAAAUCUUGGGUGAGAACCUCCUUCCCUCAGCCAGAGCAUUGAAAAUGGGUCGUGGAUGGGUAUUCCAGCAUGACAAUGACCCAAAACACACGGCCAAGGCAACAAAGGAGUGGCUCAAGAAGAAGCACAUUAAGGUCCUGGAGUGGCCUAGCCAGUCUCCAGACCUUAAUCCCAUAGAAAAUCUGUGGAGGGAGCUGAAGGUUCGAGUUGCCAAACGUCAGCCCCGAAACCUUAAUGACUUGGAGAAGAUCUGCAAAAAGGAGUGGGACAAAAUCACUCCUGAGAUGUGUGCAAACCUGGUGGCCAACUACAAGAAACGUCUGACCUCUGAUUGCCAACAAGGGUUUUGCCACCAAGUACUAAGUCAUGUUUUGCAGAGGGGUUGAAUAUUUAGCAGCUUUACAUUUUUAAUUAAUUUGUAAACAUUUCUAAAAACAUAAUUCCACUUUGACAUUAUGGGGUAUUGUGUAGGUCAGUGACACAAAAUCUCAGCUGUAACACAACAAAAUGGAAAAAGUCAAGGGGUGUGAAUACUUUCUGAAGGCACUGUAUAUGGAUAGGGCUAAAACAUUACAUUGUGUCACGUCUCCUCCCGUUGCUCCCCUCCGGCGCUCUGAUUCGCCGGUCUACUAAGCCACCGGUCUGAGGGCACCAACUCGGCAACACCGAAAUGGAAACCCAACGCACCCUAAUCACAUUUUACAUUUUUACAUUUACAUUUACGUAAUUUGGCAGACGCUCUUAUCCAGAGCGACUUACAAAUUGGUCUCACAAACCAUUCAGUGACCACUCGUGCCCUGUGGAUGGGGGCAUUGUCAUCCUAUGGCGCACCUGCACCUCAUCAUCUCAUCACCAACCCUAUAUAGCCCUGGACUGUUCAGUGUUGUGUUGUGUGUGAUUGUUAGUGUCAUGUCGUGUACUCGCUCUUUGUUGUUCUCUUGCUCAGUGUUAAGUAAACCUUUACAUUGUUGAUUCCUGUGUCUGCAUCCUGCCUCUUCGUAUCCUCAGUACUCGUCACAGAAUCACACACCAAUCACGAAGAUGGAUGCAGCAGGUAAUCCUCCUGGAGUUUCCCAGCGCCUCGACCAGCACCAGCAGCAGAUUGCCCAGCUGAACGCCGCCGUGCAGGAAGUGCUCCAAACGCUGCAUAAACUGACCAUCGCUCUGGUUCCACCUCAGGGAGCGGUGAGUGCACCCAGUCCACCUCCUCCCGUGCUAUCACCAACGUCUGAGGGACCCCUCGCCCUGCCGGAGCGCUAUGACGGGAAAACAACAAAACGUAGAGGCUUCCUGCUACAGGUCUCACUGUAUCUGGCGCAUCAGCGUGGGGCAUCUCCAUCAGACCAAGCCAGGAUAGCGCUGGUGAUUUCGCUACUGAAGGGAAAGGCGCUGGAUUGGGCCAUGGCGAUCUGGGAAGGAGGUGAGGCCGCCGCGCUUCCCUACUCCACCUUCCUCGCUCGGUUCAGGGCGGUAUUCGAUCAUCCCACGGAGGGAAAGGACGGGCCCCUCGGAACGCCCCGGCAGGCAAACUAGUUCCUCUCCCAGUGCCUUAGCGACCUUGGUCACACCUGUCCAUAGACUCCCACGUUCUGACGGCUUCACCACAGUCCUGGUGGUCGUAGAUCGGUUCUCCAAAUCAUGCUGUUUUUUGCCACUAACUGGUCUUCCUUCUGCUCUCCAGGUCGCUGAGGUCCUGUUCCAACAGGUCUUCCGGUAUUAUGGACUUCCGGAGGACAUCGUCUCGGACUGUGGCCCCCAAUUCACCUCCUGAGUGUGGAAGGCUUUCCUGGAGAAGAUCGGGGCCACAGCCAGCCUCACUUCCGGGUAUAGGCCUCAGUCGAAUGGGCAGGUGGAGCGCAUGAACCAGGAGCUGGGGAGGUUUCUUCGUUUCCACUAUCAGGACCGGCAGGGUGAGUGGGCGAGGUUUCUUCCCUGGGCAGAAUAUGCCCAGAACUCCCUCGUUCACUCCUCCAUGGGGCUCACUCCCUUCUAGUGCGUCCUUGGACACCCAGCCAGGGCCGGACAGGUCUGGGACGCCGCCCAUGUCCAUCUCCAGAGGGCCAUUCGUCGGCAGAAGGACCAAGCCGACCGCCACCGCAGUGAGGCCCCCGUAUUCCAGCCUGGGGAUCGUGUCUGGCUGUCCACUAAAAACCUCCCUCUCCGCCUGCCCUGCAAGAAACAGAGCCCCCGGUUUGUGGGGCCGUUUAAAGGUCCCCCGGCGGAUAAAUGAGGUAUUGUACCGGCUGCUCCUUCCCCCUCACUACCGUGUCUCACCCACUUUUCAUAAGUCUCUCCUCAGGCUGGUGGUUCCUGGUCCUCUGGUGGAUGCCGUCCCCCGGGGUACACCCCCCCCCCACCCCCCCGCCCCGCCCCUGGACAUUGACGGGAGUCCGGCGUAUGCGGUGAGGUACUUGCUGGACUCCAGGUUCCGUGGGGGAUGGCUCCGUUACCUGGUGGACUGGGAGGGGUAUGGUCCUGAGGAGAGGAGCUGGGUUCCGGUUGGGGACGUUCUGGACCCCAACCUAAUUUGGGACUUCCACCACCACCGGCGCCCUGACUGGCCCGCUCCUCGUCCUCGGGGUCGUCCUCCUGGUUGGUGAUGUCCUGCGGCGGGAGCCGUUGCUCCCCUCCGGGACUCUGAUUCACCGGACUACUGAGCCAAAAACAUAAUUCCACUUUGACAUUAUGGGGUAUUGUGUAGGUCAGUGACACAAAAUCUCAGCUGUAACACAACAAAAUAGAAAAAGUCAAAGGGUGUGAAUACUUUCUGAAGGCACUGUAUAUGGAUAGGGCAUUACACUGUGUCACGUCUCCUCCCGUUGCCCCCCUCCGGCACUCUCAUUCGCCGGUCUACUGAGCCACCACCUCAUCAACACCGGAAUGGAAACCCAACGCACCCUAAUCACCUCCAGCGCACCUGCACCUCAUCAUCUCAUCACCACCCCUAUAUAGCCAUGGACUGUUCAGUGUUGUGUUGUGUGUGAUUGUUAGUGUCAUGUUGUGUACUCGCUCUUUGUUGAUCUCUUGCUCAGUGUUAAGUAAACCUUUACAUUGUUGAUUCCUGCGUCUGCGUCCUGCCUCUUUGUAUCCUCAGUACUCGUCACACACUGGUGAUUUUAUGUACAGUUGAAGUCGGAAGUUUAAAUACACCUUAGCCAAAUACAUUUAAACUCAGUUUUUCACAAUUCCUGACAUUUAAUCCUAGUACAAAAUUCCCUGUCUUAGGUCAGUUAGGUCAGUUUAAGAAUGUGAAAUGUCAGAAUAAUAGUAGAGAGAAUGAUUUAUUUCAGAUUUGAUUUAUUUCAUCACAUUCCCAGUGGGUCAGAAGUUUACAUACACUCAAUUAGUAUUUGGUAGCAUUGUCUUUAAAUUGUUUAACUUCGGUCAAACGUGGGGUAGCCUUCCACAAGCUUCCCACAAUAAGUUGGGUGAAUUUUGGCCCAUUCCUCCUGACAGAGCUGGUGUAACUGAGUCAGGUUUGUAAGCCUCCUUGCACACGCUUUUUCAGUUCAAAUUUUCUAUAGGAUUGAGGGCUUUGUGAUGGCCACUCCAAUACCUUGACUUUGUUGUCCUUAAGCCAUUUUGCCACAACUUUGGAAGUAUGCUUGUGGUCAUUGUCCAUUUGGAAGACGCAUUUCUGACCAAGCUUUAACUUCCUGACUGAUGUCUUGAGAUGUUGCUUCAAUAUAUCCACAUCAUUUUCCUUCCUCAUGAUGCCAUCUAUUUUGUGAAGUGCACCAGUCCCUCCUGCAGCAAAGCACCCCCACAGCAUGAUGCUGCCACCCCUGUGGUUCACGGUUGGGAUGGUGUUCUUCGGCUUGCAAGCCUUCCCCUUUUUCCUCCAAACAUAACGAUGGUCAUUAUGGCCAAACAGUUCUAUUUUUGUGUCAUCAGACCAGAGGACAUUUCUCCAAAAAGUACGAUCUUUGUCCCCAUGUGCAGUUGCAAACCGUAGUCUGCCUUUUUAAUGGCGGUUUUGGAGCAGUGGCUUCUUCCUUGCUGAGCGGCCUUUCAGGUUAUGUUGAUAUCGGACUCGUUUUACUGUGGAUAUAGAUACUUCUGUACCGGUUUCCUCCAGCAUCUUCAGAAGGUCCUUUGCUGUUGUUCUGGGAUUGAUUUGCACUUUUCGCACCAAAGUACGUUCAUCUCUAGGAGACAGAACGCGUCUCCUUCCUGAGCGGUUGUCACGCCCUGGCUCUGGGGACUCUUAAAUGUUGAGCCAGGGUGUGGAUUUUUCUAUGUUUAGUUUUUCUAUGUUUUCGUUCUAGAUCGUUUUGAUCUAUGUUGGCCGGGGUGGUUCCCCAUCAGAGGCAGCUGUAGCUCGUUGUCUCUGAUUGGGGACCAUAUUUAGGCAGACUGUUUUGCACUAGUCUUUGUUGGAUCUUGUUCCAUAAGGUUUGUUUUGGUGUUAACCUAGGACUUCACGUAUCGUUUGGUUUGUUGUUUUGAUCGUGUGUUGAGUACAAAUAAAAUGUACGCUUAUCACACUGCGCCUUGGUCCGUGUCUUCAGUUGACGACCGUGACAGAAGAUCCCACCAUAAGAGGACCAAGCAGCGUGCCCAGGAGGAGAAGAUGGCGAUGUCGCAGGUGGGCAAAUGGUGGUCUUGGGAGGAGAUCUUCGCGGGCAGAGGGCCAUGGGCAAAGGUAAAUGCCCAGGCAGACGACGGACACGCGAGAGGCAACCCCAAGACAUUUUUUGGGGGGGGCACACGGCGUGGAUGACGGGGCAGCAGGAGGCAGCUACAGGGCGAAUCUGCGGACUAGGAUAGGAGGCCACCAGGUUACGGGGGCUACUGGUCAUGAGGGAGAUGGAGAGUGUAGAGGCACGGCGAGAGGAACUAGAUAGGCAGCAGAGGGAGCGGAGGUUUAGAAGGAAACCCAGUCCCGCUCCUCGCACCAAGCAAGUGGUGUGUGUCACCAGUCCGGUCCGGCCCGUUCCUGAUUCCCGCACAAGGCCAGUGGUGUGUGUUCCCAGUACGGUCCGGCCCGUUCCUGCUCCCCGCACUAAGCCAGUGGUGCGCGUCGCCAGCCCGGUCCGGCCUGUUCCUGUCCCUCGCACCAAGCCAGUGGUGCGCGUUGCCAGCCCGGUCCGGCCCGUUCCUGCUCCCCGCACCAAGCCAGUGGUGCGCGUCGUCAGCCCGGUCCGGCCCGCUCCUGCUCCCCGCACCAAGCCAGUGGUGCGCGUCGUCAGCCCAGUCCGGCCCGUUCCUGCUCCCCGCACCAAGCCAGUGGUGCGCGUCGUCAGCCCGGUCCGGCCAGUUCCUGCUCCCCGCACCAAGCCAGUGGUGCGUGUGUCCAGUCCGGCACGGCCCGUGCCUGUUCCAUCGGUGCCUGGCCAGAGCAAUUCGUUCCAUCGGUGCCUGGCCAGAGCAAUUCGCUCCACCGGUGUCCAGUCCAGCUCCGGCCAGCGGGACCAGAUCAGGGGCGCAACGGGGGGGUGUAGAGAGAGUGGUGGUCACGCCCGGAGCCGGAUGGGGGGUACUGUCCGCGCCUUUGGGUGGGGGGUACUGUCACGCCCUGGCUCAGGGGACUCUUAAAUGUUGAGCCAGGGUGUGGAUUUUUCUAUGUUUAGUUUUUCUAUGUUUUCGUUCUAGAUCGUUUUGGUCUAUGUUGGCCGGGGUGGUUCCCAAUCAGAGGCAGCUGUAGCUCGUUGUCUCUGAUUGGGGUCCAUAUUUAGGCAGCCUGUUUUGCAUUAGUCUUUGUGGGAUCUUGUUCCGUAAGGUUUGUUUUGGUGUUAACCUAGGACUUCACGUAUCGUUUGGUUUGUUGUUUUGAUCGUGUGUUGAGUACAAAUAAAAUGUACGCUUUUUACGCUGCGCCUUGGUUCCACGAGUCUUCCUGUAACGAUUGUGACAGCGGUAUGAUGGCUGCGUGGUCCCAUGGUGUUCAUUCUUGCGUACUAUUGUUUGUACAGAUGAACGUGGUACCUUCAGGCAUUUGGAAAUUGCUCGAAAGGAUGAACCAGACUUGUGGAGGUCUACAAUUGUUUUUCUGAGGUCUUGGCUGAUUUCUUUUGAUUUUCCCAUGAUGUCAAGCAAAGAGGCACUGAGUUUGAAGGUAGGCCUUGAAAUACAUCCACAGGUACACCUCCAAUUGACUAAAAUGAUGUCAAUUAGCCUAUCAGAAGCUUCUAAAGCCAUGACAUAAUUUUCUGGAAUUUUCCAAGCUGUUUAAAGGCACAGUCAACUUAGUGUAUGUAAACUUCUGACCCACUGGAAUUGUGAUACAGUGAAUUAUAAGUGAAAUAACCUGUCUGCAAACAAUUGUUGGAAAAAUUACUUGUGUCAUGCACAAAGUAGAUGUCCUAACCGACUUGCCAAAACUAUAGUUUGUUAACAAGAAAUUUGUGGAGUGGUUGAAAAAUGAGUUUUAAUGACUCCAACCUAAGUGUAUGUAAACUUCCGACUUCAACUGUACUUUAUGCCGCAUUUGUUGAUAACGAAAUCUGAAAAUACUCUGGAUACAUUCAGUAACAUGAUACGAAUAAUCCUGGAAAAUGUGGAGUAGGUGCAACGUAAGACAAAACAAUUACUAUGGGUUUGAGUGAGAGGACUAACUGGUGUCUCCAAGUGGCCACACACCUCUCCAAAGUGUGCACAGUUCCUAAGCAAUUUCAAUGCACUUUUAUACUCAAAGAUGUGUCUUCAACUAAAAGCACACUUGUAGUUGUUUUGUUUGGAACACAGCCCUGCAUCCCCGCCAUCACACAAUUACUGUUGUUGUUUACACAAUCCAAAAAUGGCCCAUUAUAAAUCACAGUCUGGGUCAGGUGGGCAUCAUUUAAAAGCUUGUUCUUUUGUCAACAUCACGAGCUAAGUUAUAAAAUACAAUCUUACAGUGCUAGACUUUCACAGGACAAUUCAGAGAAACAGAUCGUAAUUUUGGUGUGCAUAGAAAGGAGUCAUGCGCGCAUUCUUGCGUGUUCAGCUGCAAAUUUUCUUUACUAUACACAAACAUAGGCUCAUUCUGUUCAGAACAACCCAGGGUAUGAGGCCAUGUCAUCUUGUAGCUGUACAUCAAAACAUAGUGAUCAUAAACGUUGACACUGUAUAUGACAUGAGUUUUGUGAUAUGGAAAUGUGAAGUGCACAUUUGGACUCGGGUGUUUGGCUUGCUUGUAUGACAUCAAAGAGGUAUUUAUUAUAAUCCUCAACGUCGCAUCUUUCAAAAUACAUUUAGUCCUCUUAAUUUACAGCAUUUCCUUCACUCAGAAUUUGUUUGGGGUGCAAAAGUUGCCCAAUUAUCUGUUGUUAAAGCACAGAGAUGCCCUGUAUCCAGAUGCCAAUUUUUUUUGCCAGGCUUCUAGGGUUCUCCUAUUCCAAUGCCUGUGGGAACAAGACCAGCCAGACGGACAGACGGCCAGACAACCAGAGAGCCAGACAGUCCACUCCUGUGACCCCCCCUCCUCACCUCUCAGCUGUCCAAUCAGCACUUCCCUCUCCUCCUCCACCUCCUGGGCUCUCUGUCUGCUCUGGACCCAGCGCUGCUCCAAGGCCACGAUGGUGUGCGCAUGCUGCCGCACCUGCUCCCUGUACUCAGCCUCCCAGACCCCGUAGCGCUCCCUCUCCUCCUCUGCUCCCUUCUCCAAGGCUUCCUUCACCUUAUCCUGCCACUCCUCCUCCCUCCUGCCUGCCUCCUCCAGCCUGGUGCAGCACUCGGCCUCCUGGGUCUGCGCCUCCUGCUGCAGUGUAGUCUGGGAAAUGAGAGAAAUACGUAGAAAGAAAGGAGGAUUGUAACAUCUGUUUCCUGGUGGACCACUGUGUAUGCUAGUUUUCAGUUUCAGUUGUUCUCCUAGUAGAUUUAUCUUUAUGUAUCUUUAGCACCAGCUAGUUGUUGUAUUACUUGACUGCUUUAAGGGUGAAUCCUUUGACAGCUUAAUAACACACUGAGUUACAAAACAAACAGACUGAUGGAACCAGCAUCCACAGUGUUCUCGAAGGACCUGUAUUUUAUUGUGUUACUUUUUAUUUAAUUUUUUACUUUAUUUUGUAAAUAUUUUCUUAACUCUAUUUCUUGAACUGCAUUGUUGGUUAAGGACUUGUAAGUAAGUAUUUCACGGUAUGGUUGUAUUCGGUACUGUUGUAUUCGGCGCAUGUGACAAAUACAAUUUGAUUUGACUAGGAAAAAUGUGUCAAAACCAUCCCAGCACCUGGCCCCCUCACCUGGGCUUGUCUGAGUGCCUCCAACUCCCCAUUCAGCUCCUCCAACUCCUUUUGCCUGGCCUCUUCUUCAUGCUGUGCCACAGUCAUCUACAAUGGAAGUAAGGGGACAUAAAGAUGUACAUCUUUUCCUGGAUGUCAACAAAGCGUUGCUAUUAAAUCCACUUUCCCAGUCAUGUACAUGCAUUUUUAUGUCAGUUGUUAAUAGAUAUGGAAUGUGUGUGUGUCUAUGUGUGCAAGUGUGUGUGAGUGCCCGCAAACGUGCAUGUGUGUGUGGGAGCCAACCUGCUGUCUCUGCUGCACCAGCUCCUCUCUGGUAAUGCUCAGAAUCUCCUGCAGCUCUCUGGACUUUGCAUCUCUCUCCUGGAGCUCCUCCAGGUCUACCUGCACCCCAGAAAAGACACAGUGACCAUAUGACCACUAAACAACCCUAUCAGCCACAUCAUAUUUGCAAUCUUUCUAUACAUCACAUUAAAACCACUGAUGAGCAAAUUAGGCCUUAAAUAGGAAAACCAACCAAUCAAACUCACUGGAAGUUUAUUGAUAAUGAGAGUGAUCUUCCAUUGGGUUACACAUACAUCAAUGAUUGUCCCAUUUGUAUGAGGGUUCUGGGCCUAUUUUCAAAAGUCUCAGAGUAGGAGUGCUGAUAUAAGAUCAGUUGUGCCUUUCAAGAUUACAUGUAAGCUUAUACGUACAGGGAUAACCUGAUCCCAGAGCUUCGCUCAUACUCUGAGAUGCUUUGUGUAUACGGGGCCUGAUGUCUGUUCUUACUGCAUUUCCUUUUUUGAACAUCUACUCCUGUUCUGUGUAUGUGGCUUACAGAGCUGAACGUUCAGUGCAAAAAAAUUUUCAGUACGGAGCAAAGUGAUAGGGCACUAAUUCUACCUACCUUCAGACGUUGAAGCUCCACUUUGUAUCCCUGGUGCUCAUUGACCAGGGUUCUGAUGCCACUCAGGACUCCUGUGGGAUACAAAAGGAUAUUAGAUCAUAUGGACCCCUUUGUGAUUUUAACCCAUAUAUGGACCAUAGUAGUACUCUAGUCCCCUAGUACCCAUGUGUGUGUGUUAGUUAGUUCUCCCUUUAAUAAUUAUCUCUUAAUUUAAGAUAUGGAUACGACUUUGCAAUAUUCCAUUAUUACAGUGUUUUUCAUGCCUUGUCCUGCGACUUUCCAGGAACACUGGAACACUGCUUUACCACAUAAAUACAUAAUUGACUACGUAAAGAUGUACAAAUACAACAAACUAAACAAAAUGUGAACAGCUAGAUUUUUUAAAUCACCUUCAGUGGGAUGUGAAGCAUCUAUCCCAGCUUCCAGUAGGGCCUGGGUGGCACUAUGAAGCAGUGGGAGCUGGGUAGCCAUUAUGGAGAGGACUGAAGCCUGGACCCAGGCCAGAGCUGGAGACACACUCUCCUCCUGUAGUGAGGUCAUGGACUUCUCCAGGGCAUUUGCCGAGCAUGCCUCCUGUAAUUGACUCUGAUUGAGUGGACAAGUGUGUGUGUGUGCUAUUUAGGAUGUUUGGGUGAAAGUAUCAAAGCAGCAUCUCAAUUUGCUAGGGGAACACUUGAGACAGACACGUUUCUUGACUGUCUGGUUGAGAGUUGACUUGUGUCACAUUGUUGGCUAUGCGUUGCAUGUACCCUAAUUUGUAAGCCACUCCGGAUUUCAGCAUCUUAUAAUUGACACAUACACACUGUAUGACUGUAUAUCCAAAUGUAGGAGUAUGCAAAUGUCAGGGAGUGAAUACCUGACAGGUCUCCAGCCUACUCUUCAGCCUCUCGGUGUCCUCUGCUGCCCUCUCCUGUUCAGUCCUGACCUCCUUCAGUUGUCCUUCCAGCUCCUCUACCUUAUUCAUCAGGCUCUCUCUCUCUCCUAGCAGCUCUGCCACCUGUUCUAAUACCUACAAGGAGCAAAGGUCACAGCCAGUGGCUAAAUUAUGGAUGACCACAUUCCUUUGGCUAGCAUAGCCAUAUAACACCCCAAGUAAUUUGCGGAUCUGUUUCCCCACAUUUCUGGUCAUCACAAACCAUCAUGGCCCAACCCAAUGUUUUUCAAUAAGACGAAAAUGGAAUUGGAAUUCCAGUUUACUUCCUUGACUGAAUUGAAAUGUACCCCAACCCUGCAAAUCUUCACAAUAUGUAGCUCUCUGGGACAUUUUAUAUACUUUUAUGUUAUCAAUCAGUCUCUUUUCUAUACUGUCAACAGAGAGGUCCCACUAACCUGCUGGUCUGACAAGGCAUCAUGGGAAAUGGAGUCAGAGGGUUCAGUGGGUAACAUCAUCAGCAGCUGGUCACGAAGGUGCUCAAUCUGAGACAAAAAACACUAUUUCACUCCCUCACUUCUCGCCAUUUCAGUUUAAGUCAAUCAUAUUCAUGAAAUCACACUUUAAUUUCUAUGAGGAAGGAUAUUUAAAUUGAUUUGCGUAAUUAUCUGGAACUAGAAUUAGAGAGGCACUAGAAUUAUUUGAUCUUACCUGUGCCUGCACCCGCUCCAGCUCAGCUUUGCUCUUCUCUUGCUGUGUGUGCCUCUCUGCCUCAGACUCCGCUAACAUAGAAGCUUGCUCCUAGAGCACACCAUGAUAGGAGUCAAUCUAGAGCUUUGGAACUACAGUGUAUUCACAUUUCACAAAAACUAUCCCACUAGAUCUAACUGCAUCAUAUCCUCCCAAUAAUAUGUUAUAUGUAUCCAAUCAAUGUUCCUCGAAAAGGGACAAAUCCUCACUUGAGAUAUGUACGCAUAACUCAAAAUUCACACCGACACAUCAACAUGAUAUACUGUAUGUGAAACUUUAAAUUACACGCACAGAUCUCACGUUAGGAUUUGUCCCUGUAAAAGCAUUAUAUUUCUAUACACUCUUAUAAAAAAGGGUUCUAACUAGAACAAUAGAAGCUUCUUCUCCUCUGCAAAGAACCCUCAAAAUCCCAUUCCACCUCACGAUGCCGUAAUUUUCCUAAACAUAAAACCUUGACAUGAAGUUCUAACCCCAAUCUUCUUCUCCAGUCUGUUUUUUAGUGAGUCCCUCUCUGUUGUUUGGUGCUCCAGGAGCCUCUGCUUAUCCCUCAAAGUAACCUCCAACCUCUCAUUAUUCUGCAGAUAACAUGAGAGGAGUAGGGAGGGAGGAAACAGAGUGAAAUAGGGAGGUAUGCAUUCUUUAUCUAUUUACUUUGAAGAAUCAAACAUGGUCAGAGAAAUGGAUAUCUACCUUCUUCAGUGUUAUCACCUCAUGUUCAUGGUUGAGCAACUCCUCCUGGUGCUUCUUGAUUAUUUUGGAGAACUAGGGGACAGAAAGACAGAGAGAGAGGAGAGAAAAGCUGAAAUGGGCAACAAAGGGCAAGUGGUUGAUAGGAAAAGUGGUUAACAGGAAACCUUGAGGCAGAUGGAUGUCUGUGGCUUAAAUAUGGCAGACAGAACAGCAACACCUGCAUAGCUAUAGCACCCCUUAUUUCCUUCAACUAGCAAAAGCUAAUAUGGUGGUAAUUUAUUUACAGUAUUUCUCAGUUCAAGUAAUGGGGCCUCACAAAAGAUUCUGGUUUCGACACUAAAUCAUCUCUGCAAUCAUUCUCAAAGGACACGGAUAUCAUUCAGCCAUAGUAAAGUCUGUGGGGAUCUAGAUGUGAUGACUAGCUUAGAAGGAAUGCAUUAAUGAUUAAACAUAAUGGGUUUGUACUGUACUGAUAUAAAUUGUUUCACAUAACAAGCUGUGAUUCAUGUGAGGAACGUUAGGGGGUAGGAUGAGAUAAGACUUGUAUUUCUCACAGACACGAACACUGCCUCUUUGUGAUCUGUGAACCGUCCAAGGACGUAGGUACAGGGGAACAGUGUCUAUGGGUGAUGACUCUACAGGUUGUGAUGAUAACAAACUUAUGCCUGGCAACAGUGUGCAACAGUGGAGCGCCAAGGGCCUGGGACCAGCCUGUGCGCCAACGAUUGGCUGAGUAAGUCUAAACCACGCUCAGUCUCUACUCUGAUUGGCCAGCAGGGAGCGGGAACUAUCUCUGUCAGAGUAUUUUAAGAAGAACUCAUAACAAUGGCUUAGUUCCCUGAGUGCCCUGCGUGGUAUUUCAGUGGACCCGUAUAUACGAACAUCAUAUUUACCAUUGAAGGUUUUGCAUUAAUUAAAAUACUAGUCUAUUUUAGAAGACGUGUAUUGACCUCUUUUGUUCCUAAUACCAGAUUUGAAUUGACGCAACUUAACAAGUCUUAAAAUAAUUGUAGUCUAUAAAAGUUAUUACAUUUAAUUACUUUAAAGUCAAAGGAAAAUUAAGAAUCUGGACAGAAAUAACUGAUAAUAUGAGAUUCUGAGAAAUAUACUCAAAAACAAAAAUAAGGGGGACCUUGGUGGCAGUAGCCCCCAGUUGGAUGUCCUUGUGUCGGAUGUCCUGCCGGAGUCUGUCCACCUCAGACGCCAGUUUCAGAGCCUGCUUCUCCCUCGAACUCAGGUCUCUCUGUAAGCUUCUUACCAGACCUAAAUGGAUACCACUUAGUCAGACUGACACUGAAAUCCAUGGGCACACAGGCAUGCACAUGCCACAAGCGCGUACACACACACACACACACACCAACCUGAGGCAGUGCUGCUUUCCCUCUUCAGUCUCUCCAUCUGACCUCUUAGGUUGGACAUCUUCAGGUCUCGCUCGGUGACAGUGUGCCUAAACACCUCACUGGAGCCCCUCUGCAGCUCUACCAUCUAAACAAAGAAUAUGUUAUAAAAAACAGACAGUCACUAUUACAAACUCUCUAUACCUCAAUGAUAACAUUGUGGGAAAACUAUUUUAGAAUUGCACUUUAAGGCACUCCCAGAAACAUAAAAAAAUCAUGUGACAUCGUCUGGUGUUGCGGCGAGUACAGAGUUUGAAAAUAAAUGGCAAAAGGAACAUUAUUUCCUAGAAACAGAGAGAUUUUUAAAGUGAGACUUCGACAGAAAAUGCCACAAAUCUCCCAAAUUCACAUACCAGAAUACUGUUUGUCUGUCUGGGGCAUGGGCUCAGGGAGAGAGUGAAAGGGUCAGAGAGAACGACAUCACUCAACAUGGUCACAGCGAAGGGCGCGAGAGCAGGGCCAGUGAGAUCGAGAUCGAGAGCCGAAGGACUGAAGCUACAGAUACCACCUACAAACAGAAGAGUGGCCAGACCACCACCCCUGACAUCUGGACUGAGCUGAAGGAGCUGAGAGACAUGGUGCACAACAUGGGAUCAAGCACUCGUGGUGGAACAGAAGACUGAACUGCAAUGCUCUAUCAUACUAUCCAGGUCUGUGCCCAAACAGUUUGAGCUUCUACUUCUAAAAAUCCACCUUUCCAGAAAUAAGUCUCUCACUGUUGCCGCUUGCUACAGACCCCCCUCAGCCCCCAGCUGUGCCCUGGACACCAUAUGUGAAUUGAUUGCCCCCCAUUUAUCCUCAGAGUUCGUACUGCUUGGUGACCUAAAUUGGGAUAUGCUUAAUACCCCGGCCAUCCUACAAUCCAAAUUAGAUGCCCUCAACCUCACGCAAAUUAUCAACGAACCUACCAGGUACAACCCUAAAUCCGUAAACAUGGGUACCCUCAUAGAUAUCAUCCUGACUAACAUACCCUCUAAAUACACCUCAGCUGUCUUCAACCAGGAUCUCAGCGAUCACUGCCUUAUUGCCUGCGUCCGUAACGGGUCCGCGGUCAAACGACCACCCCUCAUCACUGUCAAACGCUCCCUAAAACACUUUAGCGAGCAGGCCUUCCUAAUUGACCUGGCCCAGGUAUCCUGGAUGGAUAUAGAUCUCAUUCCGUCAGUAGAGGAUGCCUGGUUGUUCUUUAAAAGUAAUUUCCUCUCAAUCUUAAAUAAACAUGCCCCAUUCAAAAAAUACAGAACUAAGAACCGAUAUAGCCCCUGGUUCUCCUCAGACUUGACUGCCCUUGACCAGCACAAAAACAUCCUGUGGCGUACUGCAUUAGCAUCAAAUAGCCCCCGCGAUAUGCAACUUUUCAGGGAAGUUAGGAACCAAUAUACACAAGCAGUCAGGAAAGCAAAGGCUAACUUUUUCAAACAGAAAUUUGCAUCCUGUAGCACUAACUUCAAAAAGUUUUGGGACACUGUAAAGUCCAUGGAGAAUAAGAGCACUUCCUCCCAGUUGCCCACUGCACUGAGGCUAGGAAACACUAUCACCACCGAUAAAUCUACAAUAAUCGAGAAUUUCAACAAGCAUUUUGCUACAGCUGGCCAUGCUUUCCAUCUGGCUACCACUACCCCAGCCACCAACUCUGCACCCUCCGCUGCAACUUGCCCAUGCUCCCCCCGCUUCUCCUUCACACAAAUUCAGACAGCUGAUGUUCUGAAAGAGCUGCAAAAUCUGGACCCCUACAAAUCAGCUGGGCUAGACAAUCUGGACCCUUUCUUUCUAAAACUAGCCGCCGAAAUUGUCGCAACCCCUAUUACUAGUCUGUUCAACCUCUCUUUCAUAACGUCUGAGAUCCCCAGAGAUUGGAAAGCUGCCGCGGUCAUCCCCCUCUUCAAAGGGGGUGACACUCUAGAUCCAAACUGCUACAGACCUAUAUCCAUCCUGCCCUGCCUUUCGAAAGUAUUUGAAAGCCAAGUUAACAAACAGAUCACCGACCAUUUCGAAUACCACCGUACCUUCUCCGCUAUGCAAUCCGGUUUCCGAGCUGGUCAUGGGUGCACUUCAGCCACACUCAAGGUCCUAAACGAUAUUAUAACCGCGAUUGAUAAUAGACAGUACUGUGCAGCCGUCUUCAUCGACCUGGCCAAGGCUUUCGACUCUGUCAACCACCGCAUUCUUAUUGGCAGACUAAAUAGCCUUGGUUUCUCAAAUGACUGCCUCGCCUGGUUCACCAACUACUUCUCAGAUAGAGUUCAGUGUGUCAAAUCGGAGGGCCUGUUGUCUGGACCUAUGGCAGUCUCUAUGGGGGUGCCACAGGGUUCAAUUCUUGGGCCGACACUUUUCUCUGUGUAUAUCAAUGAUGUCGCUCUUGCUGCUGGUGACUCUCAGAUCCACCUCUACGCAGACGACACCAUUUUGUAUACAUCUGGCCCUUCAUUGGACACUGUGUUAACAAACCUCCAAACGAGCUUCAAUGCCAUACAACACUCCUUCAGUAGCCUCCAACUGCUCUUAAACACUAGUAAAACUAAAUGCAUGCUUUUCAAUCGAACGCUGCUGGCACCCGCCCACCCGACUAGAAUCACCACUCUCGACGGGUCUGACCUAGAGUAUGUGGACAACUACAAAUACCUAGGUGUCUGGUUAGACUGUAAACUCUCCUUCCAGACUCACAUUAAGAAUCUCCAAUCCAAAGUUAAAUCUAGAAUCGGCUUCCUAUUUCGCAACAAAGCCUCCUUCACUCAUGCUGCCAAACAUGCCCUCGUAAAACUGACUAUCCUACCGAUCCUUGACUUCGGCGAUGUCAUUUACAAAAUAGCCUCCAACACUCUACUCAGCAAACUGGAUGUAGUCUAUCACAGUGCCAUCCGUUUUGUCUCCAAAGCCCCAUACACUACCCACCACUGUGACCUGUACGCUCUUGUUGGCUGGUCCUCACUACAUGUUCGUUGUCAAACCCACUGGCUCCAGGCCAUCUAUAAAUCACUGCUAGGCAAAUCCCUGCCUUAUCUUAGCUCAUUGGUCACCAUAGCAGCACCCACCCGUAGUCUGCGCUCCAGCAGGUAUAUCUCACUGGUCAUUCCCAAAGCCAACACCUCCUUUGGCCGCCAUUCCUUCCAGUUCUCUGCUGCCAAUGACUGGAACGAAUUGCAAAAAUCUCUGAAGCUGGAGACUCUUACCUCCCUCACUAACUUUAAGCAUCAGUUGUCAGAGCACCUUACCGAUCACUGCACCUGUACACAGCCCAUCUGAAAUUAGCCCACCCAACUACCUCCUCCCUAUAUUGUUAUUUAUUUUGCUCUUUUGCACCCUAGUAUCUCUAUUUGCACAUAAUCUCUUGCACAUCUAGCAUUCCAGUGUUAAUACUAUUGUAAUUAUUUUGCACUAUAGCCUAUUUAUUGCUUUACCUCCAUAACUUGCUACAUUUGCACCACUGUAUAUAUAUUUUCUGUUGUAUUUUUGACUUUAUGUUUUCUUACCCCAUAUGUAACUCUGUGUUGUUUUUAUCGCACUGCUUUGCUUUAUCUUGGCCAGGUCGCAGUUGUAAAUGAGAACUUGUUCUCAACUGGCUUACCUGGUUAAAUAAAGGUGAAAUAAAUAAAUUAAAAAAUUUAAAAAAUGCCAAAAAAUACAAAGUAGACAAGCUAGAGAGAGAAAACGCAGGUAAUGUCAGAAAAUAUGCCAUUAUGAUCAAUGAGAAAAAUUGAUGUAAACUGCAUUUCUAAGUUUGUUAAUAGAUACCAAUAGUAAUAUUUAUAUUGAUAGUUUAGACUGUUGAAUGAACUGAUGCUUCUUUCCUUCCAUGUUAUUUCAGGUCAGAGUGACAGCCAGUGAGAGUGGGAACACAGGUAAUAAAAAUAACACAUUGAUACAAUAAACUUCUAUCCUAUAUUAUUUUUGAACUGACGCAAGCCUUCAGUUCCCAGUCAAGGUUAUCAUAACAUGAGCCGUUUAACUCAAUUAAAGUUUCUGUUACAACAGCUUUGGAGGACAGACUGAGUGCCAGUGAGAAGGAGGUGGAAGAACUGAAGAGAGAGAAUGUAGGUAAUGAAAAAAUGACACCCAGCAGCCAAAUGCACAAUGUUACUUUAGGCCUAAUCAAUAGGUUGAUAUUCAGUAUAAUGCACAAUUUUGUUGAACUAAUAUUGAAUUCACUUUUAUUUUCAGUUCAAAUUAGCAACUUGAUGAAUGAGUGAUGGUUUGUGAUACGCUAAUGCUGAUCCAAUAUCCAGACAUGAAUAUACUGUUGGGUGGUGCUCCCGUUAAAAUGGAGAUAGCCUUCCACGGCAUUGCCCAUGCUGUUACAGAAUAGCUGGAUCAUUCCAUGAAUAGAGUACAUUUUGGGUAGUGUAACUUGGUCAAAAUAAAGUAUUCAUUUCACCUAAUUUUAACAUUCUGUCAUAAAGAGCACAUGUUCAACUUCAUAAAAAACAUGUUCUCCCAUCUCAAGGUGUAAAAAAAUGGCUAUAGUAAUGCCAUUAAAGUAACAGGGUUGACCAUAACAGGGUUGAGGUAUUCAUCUUAAGUCAACCAUAAAUCCCCAUGUGUUAGGGGGAAUGGAAGCUUGUUGGUGAGACAGGGAGGGGCAAUUGAAUGCAAGCUUGUCACUUUAGAUUUAUUGUUAAAAUAUUUCUAGCCUAUCUAUCUAUGGGUAACAUGGUUGACGUGUGAUGCUCGACACGUUCAGUUUUCCACCACAAAACACCAGAAAAUUGCCAAAAACAGUAGAACCAGCUCACCUGCGUUUACACUAUGAUUUGACUAUUAUAUGUUCAAUGUUUCUUUUGAAAUAAUAUUUAAAAAGGAAUAGUUUCACCAUAUUAAAAUGAGAGUUCGGUUCACGUAACAGGGUUGACCUUAAAAUGAGGAACGGACAGAAAUUAAUCACUAAUCAUAAAUUAAUAAUAAUCUUCAGAAAUGACUGUCAAAGCAAGAACAUAACUAGGGCUUUACAAUGACGGUGAAAACUUGAAGAAAUCUUGGGGGUAAGUGGGUUACAAUCUCCCUAUAAUUUGGAAAAACUGGGGACUUUAACAAGUCUUGAUUCAUAUUAAAAAUCAGAUUUAUUGAAUUUUGCAUACGGUCUAUAUUAAAGGGCACUACAUUUAAUAUAACAGGCUUUUGAAAUUCAAUAUUGGUGCACAAUUUCUACUAAAAUAUCAAAGGGACAAAAAAUGUACUCUAUUCGUGUAAUGACCCAGCCAUCAAAUGGCAAAGACAGGAGGUGUGCCCUCUAGCUUUUGUUACACUAGACAAAAAGUAGGCAAGCUACAUUGUUUAUUUUUGUUUAUGUUAUUUACGUUUUCGACUUUCAAGUCUAGUAGCUAAUUAUUGUCUUUAUGUUAUUUCAGCCCUGGUGGCCAGAAUGGCAGCCAGUGAGAGUGGGAAAAGAGGACGUUGAUCUGGAAUAACUCAACUGUUUUGUAUCAGUGUGUCUUUUCAUUCCGUUUUAGCCUUGGAGGCCAGACUGAGUGCCAGUGAGAGGGAAGUGGAAGAGCUGAAGAGAGCGAAUGCAGGUAAACAGCAGGGUUGGGGUCAAUUCGGAAUUUCAUAAUUUAAUUCAAUUAAUCCCAACUCAAAGAAAUUCAACUGAGACAUGAAAGUCUCAUUCCUUUGACCCACUGGGCACAGACAACAUUUAUUUUUCGUCUAGUUUUGAUUUACAUUUGGGUGAGUUGUCAAUUAACGUGAAUUCAACAUCAAAUCAACAAAACAUUUCACCAUGUCAUUGGAUUUAGGUAAAAAGUUGUGUGAAAAAAAUAUGAAAUUAUUUUACGUUGAUCAUUUUUUUCAAAUCCAAUCAGUUUUCCACGUUGAUUCAACGUCAUCACAUUGAAUUGUUUGGUUGAAAUGACGUGGAAACAAUGUUGAUUUAAACAGUUUUUGCCCAGUGGGAAAUCAGCACAAUCUACUUUUUCGGUUUUCCAGUAUGAGGUAUGGUGAUAUAUGAAUACAUUUUGAGUUAUCAGAGUUAUCUCCCCUGUGUUCACAGACAGACCAAAGGUGGCCUUCUCUGUUGGUUUGACUAGGACUGUAGGACCAUUCAAUGUAUUUAUUUAUUUAUUUUUAUUUAUUUAACCUUUAUUUAACCAAGUAGGCCAGUUGAGAACAAGUUCUCAUUUACAACUGCGACCUGGCCAAGAUAAAGCAGUGCGAUAAAAACAACAACACAGAGUUACAUAUGGGGUAAAACAAAACAUAAAGUCAAAAAUACAACAGAAAAUAUAUAUACAGUGUGUGCAAAUGUAGCAAGUUAUGGAGGUAAGGCAAUAAAUAGGCUAUAGUGCAAAAUAAUUACAAUUAGUAUUUACACUGGAAUGAUAGAUGAUGUGCAAAUAGAGAUACUGGGGUGCAAAUGAGCAAAAUAAAUAACAAUAUGGGGAUGAGGUAGUUGGGUGGGCUAAUACUGACACUACACUGGUCUACAAUACAAUCAUCACCAUCAUUGGCACAGCCUACAACCCAACUACAGGAACUGACCAUGCUAAUAAACAUUGAAUCAAGCUACAGUCCAGCAUUACUAGUAGUAUCUAUGAGAGACGAAAAGUGCUGAUCUCUCCCUGCUUCCCCUCUGAUGCAGGUAUCUUCACAGCACCAGUGAGAGGGGUCUACUACUUCAGAUUCACUGCCUUUGACUACCGCUCUGAUUACAACAUGAGUGUUUACCUUUACCACAACGACCAGAAACAGAUGAAUAACUUUGAUCAAAAUGAUGUGUGUCAAAGUUACAUAUCUAAUGCAUUGUCUCUAGAGCGGGAGCAGGGGGGUGUGGUCUACAUGCAUCUUCCCUCAGGGUGUGGGCUCUAUGAA